AUGUCGACACCACAAGCGGCACACACGCCUCUGGUACCAGCACCAGCCCUUUUUUCCGUCAAGGGAAAGCAUGCCCUCAUCACGGGAGGAUCAAGAGGGAUCGGCCAAGCAAUGGCUCAUGCCCUGGCCGACGCUGGAGCUUCCAUCUGCCUGGCUCAGAGAGAUCUUACCAACACUACAACCGCAGCGGCCCUUCGAGCCAAGGGUAUCCGAGUUGAGCUAGUUCAGUGCGAUCUUACUUGCAUGCAAGAUGCAAAGGAGGUUGUGCCCAAAGCUGUGGAGCUUAUGAACGGCCGCAUUGACAUCGUGGUAAAUUGCGGAGGGCUCCUAAAGCGGAAGCCUUCCACUGAAGUCAGUGAAGACGAUUGGGAUAGUGUUGUGGACGUGAACCUCAAGGCGCUAUUUUUCAUAUGUCAGGCCGCAGGUCGUCACAUGGUUCCUCGCAGAACGGGCAAAAUUGUCAACGUCGCAUCCUUGAACAGUUUUAUAGGGGGCGAGACUGUUGCCUCUUAUGCGGCUUCUAAAGGCGGCGUCUCACAGUUAACCAAGGCGUUGAGCAACGAAUGGGCUCAAUACAAUAUCCAAGUUAACUGCAUUGCCCCUGGAUCUAUUGCGACCGACAUUAACCGCGACCUGCGAUCCGAUCCUCAGCUCUAUGCUUCGCGCAUAGCAAGGUGUCCUGCUGGACGAUGGGGCACACCAGAAGACUUUGCAGGCCCAACGUUGUUUCUAUGCAGCGAGGCUAGCCAGUAUGUGACGGGUAGCAUUUUGGUUGUGGACGGUGGUCACAUGGGACGAUAG